AUGGGUGGCGGUGGCCUUGGCGCCAUGGGUGGCGGUGGCCUUGGCGCCAUGGGAGGCAUGGGUGGCUUCGGAGCUACCGUGGGCGGCUUAGGUGCCAUGGGUGGCUUUGGAGAUAUCAUGGAGACCAUGGGAGGCAUGGGUGGUUUUGGAGCACCCCUCGGCGCCAUGGCCGCCAUGGGAGGCAUGAGUUUUGCUUCUCUCAUGGGAGGCAUGGGUGCACCUCCGGCCGCCAUGGGCGGAAUGUCUUCCGGUGUGCCUCACACACCUUCCCAUGAAAAUGCCGUUGAAGAUCUUGCCAACACCGUCCGAGCUUCACGUGAUGCGGUGCGCGACAAUGAUGAGGAGGAGGAGGAAGAAUCAUCUUCAGAGGAGGAAGAAUCGUCUUCGGAAGAUGAGCACGAAGACGACGACGAGGCUUGA